AUGAAGGCAUGUUCUGGACUUCUAAAAGCUGACAUGUGGCAGUCCCGUCCCGAUUGUGAGCUCAGGUGGGGCUCAAUUAGAUGUCAAAAAACCGUGAAUCAUAAUCUUUACAAAAUUUCAAAGAGAUAUAAAGCCAAUGUCUCGUUCCAGAUGCGACAGCGACUGUUGGAAUUUCGGUCAUUUCAGCUUUUCCUCCUGAACUUACUUCCUCCGAUAUUCUGCAUUUGCCUGACCUCCCGAUCCAGUCUAACUGCUUUUCCAAAUCAAUGUCAUUUGCUCUUGCUAUUGAAUGCAAUAAAUGUAUCAAAUGCCUAUAGUCGGGUUCAUCAGAGAAGCUCAACUUGUUCACGUAAGUGACAAUUCUUUUGAACUCCUCCGGUACAAUGUGAUAGCAUUUAGGUAGUCUGAAUGCGAAGAAUUUCUCUUUCAAAUGUACCACCUGUUUUCGAUCAGGCAAACGCUUCCAUUGUAAACCGUCUUCCCAGUCUAUCAAAUCAAAUACCAUAUAAAUCCAAGCUUCUAGGUCAUCUUUUCGGCCUUGUUCCAUACAUUUGUGGCAGGAUCGCGAUGCAUAUCGUACAGUACCAAUAA